CAAAAUAACAUUAAUUUGAUCAUUGACGUUUCAUAGCAAGCAAAUUAGUAGCUGAAAUUUAGAUUUUGAACGACCGUUCAUAAUAAUUGGUAUAACAGUAAGAGAGUGAUAUAUGAUUCAUAAUUAACUUUUUCUCAGCAACUCGAAUUAUUAUAAUAUAUAUUGGCCUUUAAUAUGGUAUCAGAGAUAGUUGGUCAAGUGGCUACAUAUUCGAAUCUCCAUGACUCUCAAUAUUUACAGUUGAUUAAAACACAAUGUAGUCAAAAUACACUUGAAUAGCCAUAGUUUUGCAUUUUGUGACAAUAAUAGUCAACUUUUUCAAAAUACACUAAAAUAGUCAUUCGUUCCAUAAAUUUAACGGAAUUAUAAAGAUGUUGACUAGACUAACGCUUUUUUGCUAACAUGACAUUUUUCGACCAGGUGAAAAUGGUUAUUUUCUUAUUAUAAUUAAAUGAAAAAAUAAACAAAUAAAUCUUUAAACAAAAUAUGUGCCUUCAUCGCGAAAACCUCUACUUCCCCUGUCUUGGCGUUUGUCAUUCUUGUUGCCCGAAAACCUCAUUUUUUCCUUCGACAAUUUCACUUCAAUCUCCUCCCUCGUUGGUUGUCAAAGUACAGCUCGAUGCCCCUGCUGUCGCUGGAGAGUUAUCUGCAACUCGCCGCGCUGACGACCUUCUUCAUCGAAUUCUUCAUGUUGCCCCUUUGAUGACCCCAACGCCGACGACCCACAUCCCUUUCCCCAACCCGACGAAGCCCACAGCCCCGCCGCCCACGAUCCCCUUUCCCCAGUCCUAAUAAAAGCCCACGGCACAGUCAACCUCUGAUACCCUUUCCCCAUCUCGAUAAAGCCCACGGCGCCACCGACCACCGAUCCCCAUCCCAAUGGCUACGGUAAAGGUAGGUCUGGGUCUUCGAAGGGUUUUAACGAAGGCGGAGGAAGUGGAUCGACAACUUUCUGAGUUUUGAUUUUUAAAUCUCCAUAAUCAAAUUUUUUUUGUUCAUUUGGCUUGUUGAUUUGAGGGUGAUAAAGAAAGGAAAUGGGUUCCCUUGAUAUGCAUGUAGGAAUGCGGAUCUGGUGACUAAGGGGGGAGGGUCCUUAGUCACUUGACUAAGCCCCCCUCAACCUUUGGAUUGAUCUGAAGGUCCAAAUAAAUCAAUAAAUUAUUAUUAAAUGAGAAGGGUAGUUUUGGCAUUAUCAAUAAGUUAUUAACUCUUAUUUUCAAGUUUUGUUUUAUUUAUUAUUAUUAUUGAUUUUUCCCCCUCUGCAACCGUCUCCUCCUCUUCCCUUUUUUGCUGCGAUGUCCAGAGAGAGAGAGAGAGAGAGCCAUGGCGGAGGAAAGAGAUCGCAACGCCGAUGGAGGAGAGAGAGAAAAAGAGAAAGGCGAUGAUGUCGAUGGAGAGAGAGAUGGCGGCGGCGCUACGCUGGAGGAGAGAGAGGCAACAGCCUUGGAGAGCGAGAAAGUAGAUCUAGUCGCGUCGUCGGAAAACAGAGGAGAAAAAGAGACGAUGGUGGAGGAGACAGAGAGAGCGUCGGCACGGUGGAGGAGAGAGAGGCGGUGCGGUGAUGGAGAGAGAGAGGUGGCAACGGUAGUAGAGAGAGUCAGCGGCGGCGGCGGUGGAAAGAGAGUUGACGACGACAACAACGGUGGAGAGAGAGGGAAGAACAAUGAUUUGUAAUGCAAGUGUUGUCGGUUUAUAUUGUUAGUAUUUUUAUAGGGUUAAUAUUUUCGUAUGGCCUGAACUUUGACCAAAAUAAACAUCAUGACCAAUCUUUUCGAUCUAUAACAUCCUGGCCCGAACUAUACACCAAAAUAAACAAUUUGGCCAGAUCCGACAUUUGACCGUUAACUUGGAAGGUCAAACACGUUGACCGUUAGUCAACGCGCCAUGUCACUGCCAAGUCAGCAUAAAAUAUUAAAAAUAAUUCACAAUUCCACACAUUCCCUAAUUUUAAAUUAUUAUAAAUUAAAAAAAAAUCAUCUAAUACCUUAGUUAAACCAAAAAUAAAAAACAAAAAAAAAUUAAAUAUUUAUCAGAUCUUCUGGCUUGGCAGUGACGUGGCGCAUUGACCAUUCAACGCGUUUGACCGUCCAAGUUAACGGUCAAACAUUGGGUUUGGCCAAAUUGUUUAUUUUGGUGUAUAGUUCGGGCCAGGAUGUUAUAGAUCGAAAAGAUUGCCCAGGAUGUUUAUUUUGGUCAAAGUUCAGGCCAUACGAAAAUAUUAACCCAUUUUUAUACAUAAUUCCAGUGUGAUUUGUAUGGUUUGUAUGUUUUGUAAAAAUGAUAAACAUGGUGAAAAAAAAAUAACAAAGUUUACAAACAUUACAAAAAAACCAACAAACAUUACAAAAUAACAAAUCUUACAAACAUUAGAAAAUAAACUGACAAAUAGUACAAACCAUACUAACCGUACAAAAUACCACUACUUAUAAUACAAAUCGAUAAACUGGAAUUACAAACCAAUAAAUACAAAGUAUACAAAAUAAAUAAAUAAAACAUUACAAAUUACAAUAUAUACAAAUUAGUCAUGUAAACAUUACAAACACAACAGACUAAAAUAACAAAGUGGAAUGAUAAACGAUACAAACUGAAUUGGUACAAACAAUACAAACUGAAUUUAUAAACAUUACAGUAUAGGUCGACAAACAUCACGAAUUCAACACUGUUGCCGGAAAAUCAUCCACCACCGUAUCUGGUCGCCGAAAAACUCACCCGCCGUCGCCGGAAAGUUGACCUCUCUCUCUCUCUCUGGGACGCGUCAAAAAUGGAAAUGGUGGCUCUCUGGGACUCAAAAAUGGAUGGAAUGUAGAAAAAAGGUGCCGCCGGAAAAUCAUGGACGGCGGGGAGGAUGGUCGGCUACGGCGGGCAUCCUGGACAGCAAGAAAUUUUUGCGGCGGGAGUAUAGGGCUGACAUGCAGAGUCUUUUUUAAUUAUUAAUUAUAAAAAAAUAAAAUAACAAUGAACCAUUCAAUUACUAUAUUACCCUUCAUUAAAUUGAAUUAAUUGGAUCCAUUGGAUUUUAAUGAGCUUGAAGGAUUGAGAUCAACUUAGCCAAGUGACUAAGGACCCCCCCCCCAGGUCACCUAAUCUUAACCCAUGCAUGUAAAUGAUAGGGAUGGGAAAAUAGACCAGACCGUUAGAAAAACCGUGGUCCAAACCGUACCGCACAGUUUGGUCAGGACUGUAGACCGUUAAGUAUGGUCUGGUCUGGUCCAUGGUCUGUAUUAUUUUAUGUUUUGAUCUCUUGGUCUGGUCUGGUCUAGACCGCGGUUUACCGGACCAAACCGUGGACCCAACUGAAUUGUCAAUACGUGUUAACAGCCCAUUCGACCACUCUCCCAACUCCCACAACGACAGUCAAGUCUCAACCUUAGGUUUGUGAAUCUCGUCCCUCCUUCAUUCACAACCACAUUUAAUUGAGUAGAGAUAAUCGUGCCUGCAUAUGACAUUAUGUUAAUGUUUAUGACGUUAUGGUGCAAGUUGGGAUGCUUUUACUUUUUAUCUUUGUUAUGUACUACGAUUUAGAGUAUCAAAAUUAUUCAUGCAUGUUAGGAUUAAUGUUUUAAGGCAAAUAACAAUUAUUUUUCUUGGUUAUUGGUUCAAUUUUUUGUGUGGUUGACUAAACAAAUUAUUCAUUUUUCGUUGAGUGUGGUUUAUCUGGACCAGAUCAGACCAAACCGCACAUGCGUGAUCUGGACCGGACCAUAUAGUCUGUGGUCUAUACUUUAGUCUCUCAGUCUGGACCAUAGACCGUAUAUAUGGUCUGGUCUGGAUCAGACCGCACACCCUAAUAAAUGAAGAAAGAGUAGUUGUCCCGGUAGUAGUUGGAGAGCAAAAGAAUGACGAGAUUGGGGGAAAGGCUUGUAAAGCUCAAUGGGAAAUUAGAGAUUAUUCAGGAAAAGGGGAUUUUUUAUGCAGGCGGUGGCAGGGGCGAGUUAUUUAUGAAUAUUUUUACUAAAAUAAAUUAAUGUAUUUUUUUUAUUAAAAUAUGAUGUGGCGUUUAGGUGGCAUGAGUGUGUCUUGUUGGAGAUGAUGUGUCAGCCGAGAUGACAUCCACCUCAGCAUCACAUUUAGUUUACUAACGCUAACGGAGUCACUGAUGACGUUAAAGUUUUUAACGAAAAUAGCUAAAUUUGUCAAACUAGUUUUAAAAUAUGGCUAUAUUUGUGUAUUUAAAAAAAUGGCUAUAUUUGUCAAAAACGUCAAAGUUAUGGCUUUACAAGUGUAUUUUGCCCACAAUAUAUGACAUGCCUUUGCAAACUUUAAGCCCAUGAGUUGGCUUUCAUUUGAGAGACACGUAAGAAAGUGAUAUUUAAUCCAUAAUUAAUCGUCUGUUAGCAACUCGAAUUAUUACAACUAACUAUCAUAUAAUGAUGAAUUUUACAAUACUAUAUAACAUUGGUGCUAUAGGUUUUGCUUAUAUGGUACAACUUGAAGUUGUACCUUAACGUUAUGGUACAACUUCAUAUUGUACCUAUACUCUUUUGUACAAAUUCUUUUAUUGUACAACUUGAACUUGUACCUUUAUGUGAUAGUACAACUUGAAGUUGUACCAUAACCUAAGGGUACAAAUUCCUUUAUAGUACCAUCUGAACUUAUACAUUUAACAUUAUGAUACAACUUCAAAUUAUACAUUAAAGCACCAAUGAUAUAUAGCAUAACAGAUUGAGCUAUUUCACUUUUCAUAUUGGUAUGAGUCGAUUGGGGCGGGUUGCCAUCACACCUUACUGUGGUUUAUAUUUUCUUAAGUUCCUUAGUUAAAAAUCACAGUAGGAUGCUUACAAUCGAUAUAAGCAUUUGAUGCUUUGGAUUAUUGGAAAGAAUUUUCUUGGCUGGUAACAUAUACCUUAGGUCCAAUCGUACUAUUUAGGUUUUUAAAUUCCUAACAUAGAGGGAUAAAGAGGAAGACAAAGGGAUUUAUUUUAGGAGGAUUAUGGUUGUAUUUGAUGCUCACCAAUAAUUUGGGAUUCAUUUUAAGCAAUGAGAAUAUUUGUACAUUCUAAUUUUUAAAUUUUGAUAUCUUAACUAGCACCUAAUGAUAAAAACCAAUGUUAUCAGGAUCGAACCGGAGCAUGACCCGGUAAUGCGAAUGGUUCGCACUUUAGUGAUUCAACCGACAUUAGACCAUUUAAAAACUGUUAGAGAAUCGGUACCUAAUAAAUGUUAUCAGUAUAAAUAAUGGACAUUUCUUAAUCAGAGCUCGGAUCUUUCCUUCGAAAUUGUGAAAUGGAAAUAAAGGUUCAGUUUGAGAGCCCGACGUUUUUGGUUUAUUCCAAUUUUCAAUUUUCUGCAAUUGUUUGAAUUAAACUUAACGGCCGAAUGGCAAAAACCGGACGAGCGGCUCGAUCGGCUUGAGUGGUUAACCGCCUCGACCGCUCGCCAACCGCUACCUAAAACCGGAGCGGUUUUUAGACUGUUUCGAGCCGAUUUUAUGACCGGAUGGCGGUUUAACCGGUCGGGCCGAGCGGCUCAGCUCGGCUUUAAUAACACUGAAAAAAACUAUUACAUCAUCCUUAUUAAAAAAUUCUAUCAAAUCUCACUUCUCAGUACUCAAAAUUUUACUUAUGGGUUAAAGUUAUCUUUGGCAAAACACUUCAAAACAAUAUAUAAAAAAAAUUGGCUAAUGAUAAUAUGGAGAUAAUAAUAGUCAGUGGCGGACCGUGAAUAAGGCUUGGUCUAGUGGUAAUACCACUACUCUCAAACCUGGAGGUUUUAUGUUCGAAUCACUUCAGUAGCUCCUAAUAACAAAAAAUCAAUCUAUGUACCCUUAUCUAAAUAAAAAAAUAAGUGGCAACACAUUAAAAUAAUAAUUAAAAAAAUUAAGGGUGACCUCUUUUAAAAAAUUAAAAUAAUAAUUAAAAAUAAACACAAAAUUUAAAUAAGAAAAUAUCCAACUAGUACGAGUUACAACAACACCACCACAUGUUUUCAUAUUAUGGAAAAUUUGUAAAACCAAACUUCGUGUCUACAACGAUCAACAAAUUACUUUCAAUAUAUUAUACUAGACAAUUAUUCACGAGUUGAUCACCUAUUCGAUUUACAAACUAGUUCUUUACGUAACCAAAACUGAAAAUGCUUUUCAGCACUUGCAAUUGCAACUAGUAAAAUCAAAUGCAAGUUUGAAAACCAAUACAACCAGUAAAUUUUUAUUUCAUUCUAUAUAAUUAUAACUAUGUUUGAAAUAUGACAACACAUUUAUAUAGGCUAAUGAUGAACCUCUUCAUUAAUAAAAUGGCCUCACAUGUUUGAAUCACAUGAACUAUAACCUUUUCCCUAUUUUCUCGUACUCAAACUACUACCAGAGAAUAAUUUUAUCCAAAUCCUAAUAAAUCUAUUUGUUUUGGGUAGGAUAUAGUUGAAAUAUAUAUUAAUUCGAGUAUUUGUUUGAUAAAUUGGGUAGAGUAUAAAUAUUGCUUCAAUAAUUGGGUAUUAGAUUU